CAGUAGCGCGCCCCUCCCCCACCGACACCCUACUCGCGAGCCCAGUUUGAAGAAAGCUAACGUCUUCUUCCUGUCCAGUCAGACCCAUCAGAGCCUGUGCCCUGCUCCAGAAAGAGGGAAGGGGAUAGAGAGUGAGUGCUACGGGAAGUACUAUGGCUGAGUCUACUAACAUGAGGCUACGGCUGCCGCUGUUAUGCAUCAUCUUGGAAGUCAUCCUCAUCAUCCUCUUUGGAACGCUGGUGGAGUAUAACGAUGACACUGAUGCCAAGCUGUGGAAUGAAAACAGAACCCAUAGUGCUACUAGAAAUGAUCAUGAGAAUGAGUUCUACUAUCGUUAUCCCAGUUUCCAGGAUGUUCAUGUCAUGAUCUUCGUGGGCUUCGGGUUUCUGAUGACGUUUCUGCAACGUUAUGGAUUCAGUAGUGUCGGAUUUAAUUUCCUCAUCGCAGCCUUUUCCCUACAGUGGGCCACACUUAUGCAGGGCUUUUUCCACGGCUUGCACCAUGGCAAGAUCCACGUUGGCGUGACUAGCAUGAUAAAUGCAGACUUCUGCACUGGUUCCGUGCUGAUCUCUUUUGGCGCCGUUUUGGGGAAGACCAGUCCUGUGCAGCUACUUGUUAUGGCCAUUUUUGAGGUGACAUUGUUCGCCAUCAAUGAGUUCAUCCUGCUUUCUAUCCUUGGGGCCAAUGACGCUGGAGGAUCCAUGACCAUUCAUACAUUUGGUGCAUACUUUGGCCUAAUGGUGACCCGUGUGCUGUACAGGCCAAACCUGGACAAGAGCAAACAUAGAAACUCGUCUGUCUACCACUCUGACCUCUUUGCCAUGAUCGGUACCAUCUAUCUGUGGAUGUUCUGGCCCAGCUUCAACUCAGCCAUUACAAACUACGGUGACCCACAGCACAGAACCGCCAUGAACACUUACUACUCUCUGGCCGCCUGCACACUGGCUACAUUCGCUUUCUCUGCCCUACUCAACCCUGAAGGCAAAUUGGACAUGGUGCACAUCCAGAAUGCCGCACUGGCUGGAGGUGUUGCUGUGGGAACAGCUGGAGAGAUGAUGCUGACUGCGUUUGGCUCUAUGAUUGUGGGAUUCCUUGCUGGAACUAUUUCAGUGCUGGGAUACAAAUACCUCACGCCGAUUUUGGAAUCGAAACUGAAGAUUCAGGACACUUGUGGCAUUCAUAACCUGCAUGGAAUGCCAGGAAUUCUGGGAGCCGUGGUGGGUGCUGUCACCGCUGCACUGGCAUCCCCAGACGUAUAUGGACAUGGAUUGCAAAGAGUUUUCGCUGAUGUUGAGACUGGGAAAUGGGACCCUCAAUCUAAGGGUGGAUUUCAGGCUAUUUCCCUGGCUGUCACACUAGGAAUGGCUCUGUUUGGUGGUCUCAUUACAGGGUUCAUUCUGAAGCUGCCUAUUUACGGUGCUCCUCCAGAUACUCACUGCUUUGAGGAUGGACUCUACUGGGAGGUACCGGGGGAGGAGGAAGGUCAUCAUGAGCUUAACGAAGUGGCCACACCAAACGAAGUGGAAAAACUCAGCAGCUAAAUUGCCUCCGUUCACCUGUUUGUAUUUGUUCAUCACUUCAUAAACUUGCACAAGUCCUGUCACCUGUGACGUUCACUGCAGGUGUCAUUUAUUUUACUUACACUCUUAAAAUAAAAUGAUAAACUUUGUUCCAUUAUUGUUAAUAUCAGUAUAUGUUAUUAUAUAAGACUAUUAGCCCAGUUUACCUGAGGAACUUUGAGAAUGUACAACCGAGUCAACAAACCUGUGAUUCCUUAUAAGACCACUAGAUGGUGAUGCAGAGCUGCGAAUGGCUCUACAGCGCGUGACAGGGGACAAGCUGAUUGUUCCCAUGAUUAGCUUCUAGAAAUAUUUGUAAUUUAAGAUAGCCGACUGCAAAAUACAGUUUAUGCUUUCUCUUUAUUUUGAAUAUUUUUCCAAGAACAAUGAAAAUCUGUUGUGGGAUGCAUGGUCAAAUAUUUUGUAUUCAUUUGGUAUAUAUAUAUAUAUAUAUAUAUUUUUAUUUUCCUAAAAUUGAAUAAGAAAUUUUAUUAAUCCUAAACAGCUGGAAUUUAAUAUCUACAACAUAGAACUUUCUGUGAGUUACAGGUUUUCUAAAACGUUUCCUAUGAACGCACAUUUUAUCUUAGAUUUCUGGAUUAUUUGUUUCAAACAAAAAGUUUAGAAAAACUGUGAAUAUGGGACAUUAAUGAACGUUUUAUUGACUACUAAAAUUGGAGGGAAAAUGUUUUGAUUCAUUUAAGAUAUUAAAUGUAUAUAGUUACAUGUUUAUCUGUUUUAAAGAAAAAAUGUUUCUUUACAAGGAUUAUUUCUACUCGGCAAAAUUCUAAACGACAAAUUCUGUAUGGAAUGACAUUCAAAUAAAUUGUUCAGAUUUA